AUGGUGAUCAAAGGACGGCGGUGUCCAGCCGAGGACGAGCGAUCGCAUGCAUUGUUGGUGGUGUGUGCGGCGCCGGUGGCCGGCACUCGAGGGAGGCGAGCCUAUAACGUAUUUCGUACGUCCCACCAGCCACCAGAAGUUUGCCUGUUCAUAAAUAAACGCGAACGUGAGCCAGGGUACCUGCAGAAUCCUUGUCCUGUAGCAGUAUGGCAGGAUCCGGUGGCCGAGCAGCCGGUCCUGACGACGGCGGCAGGGCGGGGCGGCCCGGGUGCCGCGGUCGCCGGCGUCGCCGGACGCCGCCCGCCCGCACUGCUGGCCCGCGCGGCUGCCGCGGCUCUGGAUGAGCUCCGAGCAGAUGACAACGCGCUAUUUUUUUUCUUUUAUUUAUUAUAA